GUUUUCGGUACUCAGUUAAGAUAUUCAGCUGAGUCAUAGUAAUGCUGGGAGAUCAUGGAAUUCUCGGCACCUUUCCUCGCCACUUACUGGCCGUACAUAUCCUCAAUUUUGGUUGGCGUCAUCCUUUCUCACUUUGUUAAAAGAAGUUUCCAGCCGCAGAGCCCUGGCUACACAGUAGAUGUAGAUCCCUCAGAAGACAACGAACACGCCGCCAUACCUCCUGCCGAUCCACUUACCUAUCGGCCGAUUGGUGAGGGCAAUGCCCCUAACAUAGCAUAUCCCUGGUUCGACGAUCGCUUGGAGGAGGAUCAAAUGAAAAAAACAUCGGCGGAGUUCUACGAGAAGAUGAACCGUCGACGAUCGGUCCGAAAAAUUAGCGACGAGGACGUGCCUAUUGAAGUCGUUGAAAAUCUCAUCAGAACUGCAGGUAUUUAAGGGGCAUGAAAGCUCAACUGUAACAAUACUGUUCAAUCAAGAAAACUCCAGGAGCCUUUCAAGGGCGAAGCAAAGUGUUCUCUCUAUUGAAUUUACUCUAAUGAAAUUUUGGCAAAGCGAGGACUUCUUGGUGGAGGUGUAUCCUGCUGGUGGGUGUGGGUGGGGGGGGAAGGGGGGGCGGGCUGAUAGUAUGUCAUGCUAAUAAUAGUAGGUCACAUCGCCCCCAAAACCAAGUUACCCAAAAUCAAGUGUAGGCAUGUCCCCCAUCCCUCCCAUGACUGAUCAAGCCACCCUACCGUAGAAUAACUGAAGUAUCCCAUCCUUAUUUCUUAACCCUUUAUAGUUUAAACCUUAAAAGUGACCAGCAUCUCAUUUCUCCUUUCAAUAAUGCUGCUAAAUCAUUCACUAAAAGAUCAUCAGAAUAAAGUAAAUGCUUUCCAAGUUAAGAAGCUUUGAUCUUCAAAUGAAUUCUCCUUGUCAGUACUAAAAGAAACAUACAGAGUAGAGUAUAGAGAAUAUGGGUACUGAUGUUAGGGUGUGAAGGGUUAAUCUUAGUCAACUUUAUUUAACCAUGGUUAAUCUCUCAGGAAUUACAAGUUAUGAAUAUAAAUAUACAUACUAGCACUAAGUCUACCUUAUACAACAUUGUACUUCUGCCUUUGCCAAAGAAUAAAAAAAAAUGAAAAAAAAACCUGAUUUUCAAGGAUGCUGUGCCACAGAUGUGAUAAACACAUUGUAGUAUGAAUUUAUCAAAUACUCAAAAGUGAUUGAAAAUUCAGUCACUGGAAGUUAUUGCAUGGUGUUGAAUCAAAAACUUUAUUUCCUCUAAAUCAAUCUUUUGUUAUGGUUGAUAAAAAAAAUCCAGCAGGUUUAGUUUUAUUGUUAUGAUCAUUGUUGAGCAUUCUUUAUCUAUCAUGAUAAGUUUCCAUCUUAACUCUGGAUCAACAUCACAGAGGCCCCCCGUUUUUAAAUAUUUCACAGAUAACAUAUUAUUGUAAAUGAGAAAGAACUUCUCUUCAAUCUUAAGAGAUAUCAAAUCAAACCUGGUUCCAUGAUGACUUGGAAUAAGGAGGGCCAAGACUUUUCACCUGCCAAGUCCUGAAUCCUUUUAAAAUAAUUUAUUAUUUAAUCAAGACUCAUAAUUAUUUGCUUCCAGAGAAAAACCCUUCCCCACUUUUGCGUAAUGGCUGACUCAUCCAUCCAAGGUGAAAACUGUUCAGCCCUAAUUCACUCUGUGUCACAAAUCUGUGUUUUCAGGAACCUCUCCCAGUGGAGCCCAUAUGGAGCCUUGGACCUUUGUAGUAGUGAAAGACAAAUCUUUAAAGGCCACAAUCCGAGAAAUCGUGGAAGGAGAGGAAAAACUAAAUUAUGCCAAGAGAAUGGGAGAAAAGUGGGUGAAGGAUCUGGAGUUUGCGAAGACAACUUGGUCUAAGCCGUACCUGAACAGUGCGCCAUAUCUCAUUCUUAUUUUCAAACAGGUGUAUGGAUUUAAUGAGGAUGGAAGCAAGAAGACACAUUACUACAAUGAAAUGAGUGUGUGCAUCUCUGUUGGCCUUCUUCUUGCAGCCAUCCAAGUAAGAUGAGGGACUUAUUCAGGGGGAGGGACUUUACAGGGACUUAUUCCAGGGAGGCUUUUCCUUAGGUAUUAGCAACCUGUGCAGCAUGAUUGACAGUAUCAUUGUUGGGUUUGUGAAAUUGAGUAUAAGCCUGUAAGUGGUGUCUGAUUGAGGGUGAAAAAAAUAACCACAUUUUCAAUCUGAAAUAGCACAAGGGUUGCAUACAGUAGUUUUGCCAUAGACCCUUGCUGACAACUUCCAAGAGUACCUUUCCUCCUCCCCCCCCUCCUCCCACACAACCCCUCCUUACCCAACCUAGGGUCAUGGAUCUGUUUGCUUUGUGGAGGAAAGGAUACAAUUUUAAACUUACGGCAGUUGUAAUCAAUUCAUUUUGACCUUCUCAUUGAUUAAGCAAGUCCCCCUUACAACCAACUUUAUCAUUAUCAGAAUGCAGGUUUAGUCACAGUGACUUCCACACCCAUGAAUGCGGGACCAAGAUUGCGAGAUUUGCUUGGAAGGAAAGUAAAUGAAAAGCUGUUAUUGCUGCUUCCAAUUGGUUACCCAGCUAGCAAUGCAACAGUUCCAGACAUAAAAAGGAAACCACUUCAAGAUAUUAUGGUUUUGAAGUAG